GGGAGUACAUACAUAACAGCCAUUGACAGCCCCUUCUCUGUGUGCAUCCCACGCUCAGCACCCCAGAAUCUCUUUGCAAGGUCCUUUGGCAACCCAACCCCCCUCCUUCCUCUGGCCUUUCCCAAGUUAGCCUCCACCCGCAACACCGUUAAGCCCGUCUUCACCUGAGCGGGGGAAACUUGCGCCACGAUGCAACGCGUAGCUAGAGCCGCCAUCACCGGCAGACCGGUCUCGAUCGCGGUCGUUGGGGCUGGCGAGCGUGGGAAGAUCUACGCCGGCUUUGCCCUCGAAAACCCCCACCUCCUCCGCGUCGUUGCCAUCGCUGAGCCCUCCCCACGUCGUCGGGAAGCCUUCCUCAAACGACACCCCGAGAUACCGCCUACCAACGUAUUUUCAGAUUGGCGGGAUAUGAUCAAAAAGGAGAAGUUGAGUGAUGCGGUGGCGAUAUGUAUGCUGGAUCAGAUGCAUGCGGAGAGUGUGUGUGCGUUUGCGGAACGGGGCUAUGAUGUGCUUUGUGAGAAGCCGAUGGCGAUUUCGCCGCGGGAUUGUGCGGACAUCGUGAGGAGUGUGUUGAAGAAUGGGGUUAUUUUUGCCGUCUGCCACGUAUUACGCUACAGCCCAUACAACCGGGCACUGAAACGACUCCUGGACUCGAACGCGGUCGGCGAGAUUGUGAAUAUCGUGCAUGUGGAACCUGUAGGGUGGUGGCAUUUUGCGCAUUCGUAUGUUCGAGGGAACUGGGCGAGGGAGGAUCAGGCGACAUUUUCAUUGAUGGCCAAGUCUUGCCACGACCUGGACAUAAUCUGCCACUACAUGACCCCCACCAACCCGCCCACCCGCGUAAGCAGCUUCGGCCGGCUAACCCACUUCACCCGUUCCCAAAAACCCGCCGAAGCCGGCACAGCCACCCGCUGCGUCUCCUGCGCCUACGAACCCUCCUGCCCCUACUCCGCCCCGAAAGUCUAUCUCGACCCCGCAAAACAAGACGAUAGGAACUGGCCCUCCUCGGUCGUCUGCGGCGGUGGUGAAGUCGCUGUGGACGUCGAAUCUAUCACCCAGGCUCUGCAGACGGGACCGUAUGGGCUGUGUGUGUAUGAAUGCGAUAACGACGUAUGCGACCACCAAGUCGUCAAUGUGGAAUUCGCUAACGGCGCCACCGCGAGUUUCACCAUGGUCGCGUUCACGGAACGUAUAUGCGAAAGGCAGACACGGAUCCACGGCACGCGUGGCGAAAUUGUCGGUGACUCCCUCACCAUAAAACACACCGAUUUCACCACCGGAAAAACAGUGGUUAUCGACCCGGGAACGGAGAUUGACGGCGUAAGCGGCGGCGGCAGCGGACACGGGGGCGGAGAUUACGGGCUGAUUGCGACGUUUGUGGAGGCGGUGAAGAGGGGGGAUCCGGGGGUGUUGGGGUGCUCGCCGAAGCAGGCCCUUGUUUCGCAUGCGCUUGUGUUUGCAGCGGAGGAGGCGAGGAAGGCGGGGACGGUUGUGAAUGUGAGGGAGUUUAUGGGGAGGAGUGGGUGUGAUGUUUGAUGGGGACAUUUGCUAUAUAUAUAGCGGACAUGUGUUUGUAGGGACCAUUUCGGACAAGGGCGAAUGAAGCAACUUUAUUUAACACUGUGGGGUUUCGGAUUGUCUAGAUAUAUAAGCCGUGAUGAUUUCGUUCGGGCUUCGCAUGAUUUGGCUUGUCCCGGCCCCUUCUCAUUUUACGUCCAACAAACGGAUCUUGAUUGGAAUUUCGCAAUACCUUCUCAUCCGCAAUUGGUUGAUGCUCUGUCGCCUGCGUUGGUCCAGACGGGAAAUGAAAGAUGCAAACCGGGUUUCCGGGAAACCUGACGGGCAGCCAGAACGCUGUCGUAUUCCUUUUGCAUAUCAUGAUCAGCGGGCGAGGCUCUUUUCCAAACACUUCAUGUUCUUCCCAGCGAC